GGCUUCCGUGGCCGCUGGGAGCCGGCAGCCCUUUCCCUGAGGCCUCAGUCCGAGGUGCACUGGAGCGCGAGGCGGUGGCGCGGCCCGGCGGCCGGUGGCCUGGAGCUCGCCUUCACGUAAGCGUGGGGGCGCGGGAGGCCGAGGGAGCCCCGGGCCGUGAGGCUGUGGGUCGCUGGGGACGGAGCAUCCGCCGGGCGGGUGCGCCGGGAGGCCCGGGAAAGGGGAGAUGUUUUAAGGCGAGGAGGACGGGAGGGCCCUCGAGGGAGCGCGGUCUGAACUGACCUCGGAAACCGACGUCCCCGUUGUGUUUGUGAAGCGGAGGAACAUAGGCGGCCAUGGCUCGACCCUGAAGUGCCUUAUAUUGGAGGAGGAGCCUCAGCCAUCAUGCCAGCUGAUGAAUACUGGCUGUGUUUACCGGCCUCUCCUUUUAGACCUUUUGUACAGACGGUCAGGGUGGUGCCUUGUCCCCACUGUUGCUGGCUUCCAGGUGUUGUCCCUGCAGUCCCCGAGCCACCACUACCUGCUCUGCUGCCGAGGGGCAAUCCCAGUACUCUGCCUCUUCCACCUUUUACUGCAUCCCCUUCCACAUUCCCAGCAUCCUCUUCUGCCGACCCUAAGCUCUGCCUUUCGCCCCCUAUGUCUGAUGGUAGGGAGGAGAAAAAUGUGCAGUCUGGGCUGGCUUAUGAGGAGGGCCGACUUCAAAAACUAUUGAAGAUGAAUGGCUCUGAGGAUCUGUCUGAGUCCUAUGACUAUGAUCUCAUCAUCAUUGGAGGGGGCUCCGGAGGACUGGCAGCUGCUAAGGAGGCAGCCAAAUAUAACAAGAAAGUGUUGGUCCUGGAUUUUGUCACUCCAACCCCUCUUGGAACCAGAUGGGGUCUUGGAGGAACAUGUGUGAAUGUGGGCUGCAUACCUAAAAAACUGAUGCAUCAAGCAGCUUUGUUAGGACAAGCCCUGCAAGACUCUCGAACCUAUGGAUGGAACAUCGGGGAGACGGUUAAACAUGACUGGGAAAAAAUGACCGAAGCUGUGCAGAACCACAUUGGCUCUCUGAACUGGGGCUACCGGGUAGCACUUCGGGAGAAAAAAGUCACCUAUGAGAAUGCGUACGGGGAGUUUGUUGGUCCCCAUAGGAUUAAGACAACAAAUAACAAAGGCAAAGAAAAAAUCUAUUCAGCAGAGAGAUUUCUGAUUGCUACUGGUGAACGGCCACGUUACUUGGGCAUUCCUGGUGACAGAGAAUACUGCAUCAGCAGUGAUGAUCUUUUUUCCCUGCCUUACUGCCCGGGUAAGACCCUGGUGGUUGGAGCAUCUUAUGUUGCUUUGGAAUGUGCUGGAUUUCUUGCUGGCAUUGGUUUAGAUGUCACUGUUAUGGUGCGGUCCAUUCUCCUUAGAGGAUUUGACCAGGACAUGGCCAACAAAAUUGGAGAACAUAUGGAAGAGCAUGGGGUCAAGUUUAUAAAGGAAUUUAUACCAAUAAAAGUUGAACAAAUUGAAGCAGGGACACCUGGCCGACUGAGGGUGGUAGCGCAGUCCACCAGCAGUGGCGAAACCAUCGAAGGAGAGUAUAAUACGGUGUUGCUGGCAAUAGGAAGAGAUGCUUGCACAAGAAAAAUUGGUUUGGAAACUGUGGGGGUAAAGAUAAAUGAAAAGACUGGAAAAAUACCUGUCACAGAUGAAGAGCAGACCAGUGUGCCAUAUAUCUACGCCAUUGGUGAUAUAUUGGAGGGGAAGCUGGAGCUUACCCCAGUAGCAAUCCAGGCAGGAAGAUUGCUGGCUCAGAGGCUUUAUGCUGGCUCCACUGUCAAGUGUGACUAUGAAAAUGUUCCAACAACUGUAUUUACUCCUUUGGAAUACGGUUCUUGUGGUCUUUCUGAAGAGAAAGCUGUGGAGAAAUUUGGGGAAGAAAAUAUUGAAAUUUACCAUAGUUACUUCUGGCCACUGGAAUGGGCAAUUCCAUCAAGAGAUAACAACAAAUGUUAUGCAAAAAUAAUCUGUAAUAUCAAAGACAAUGAACGAGUGGUGGGCUUCCACGUGCUGGGUCCAAACGCUGGGGAAGUUACACAGGGCUUUGCGGCUGCACUCAAGUGUGGGCUGACCAAGCAGCAGCUGGACAGCACCAUUGGGAUCCACCCCGUCUGCGCAGAGGUGUUCACAACUCUGUCGGUGACCAAGCGCUCCGGGGGAGACAUCCUCCAGGCUGGCUGCUGAGGUUAAGCCCCAGUGUGGGUGCUGUUGCCCAAGACUCCAAACCACUGAUGUUUCCUAGCCCAAAUCCAAGGUGGAGUUUUUAGGAAGGUUCUUGGGCCCUGGCACCUGUGUCCCGAGCCUGCACCACCCAAGGCACCCUUGGGUCAUGGGUAGGAGGAGAUGGUGAAUGGAAGGCAGCAGCGACACACUGGGGUCACCAUGAUGGACUCAGCUGACGUUCGGCAGCGCAUCGAGGGAUGCGUCCAUGAAGUCACUGGUCUGAAGCCACGUGGUGGGCAGUGACCGAACAGCUGUCGGAGCAGUUUUAGCAUGGCCUUUCCUUUGUGGGUUUUCUUAUUCUCAUUGUCAAGCUUUCUAAUGUUGCUUAUUGUUUUCCUUUUUCUCCAAGGUGUUAAUACUAGAGGUGAGAAAUGUUAGCAGCCAAUUUUUGUCCAAAAGUAAGUCAUGGCAAGCGUAUGCGCAUAAGGUGCUUUGUGCAAGGAAGGCAGGCUCUGGCUCAGUUGGGGCUGCAUAGGCUUGUCCUGUGAAAUCGGGCUGUCCUAAGGCUCAGACAUACAGUUGUAUUUGACCAACGUGUUUAGCAGUGUCUCCCCCCAAAUUUACCUGUCCCAAACUAGUAAAUUUAUGAUUGACUUGGGCCAAAUUUGUCUCCCUGUGCUGUAUCACUGAUCAUUGUUUUUCUGUUUAAGAGAGGAAGUGGCCGCUUAGCCAGCCUAUUUGAAGUGAUAUCCCACUGCAUGGAACUUGGUAGUAUAAUAUGAUUUCCACCAUUACUCAUCAUGGAGGCAGAAGAACACCUUAAAUGGGGAAAAGCAAUAAAUGUCUUCCUUUGUUUAGUUGACUGUGUUGGUUGAAGCGAGCUGAGACCUUUUGUAAUGGAAAAUACUUGCUUUAAACUUUUUUGGGGGGCAGCUUUAGCUUUAAGCUAAAAAUACAAACUGUCACGGCUUUAGUUUUUGUGUGUCAUGUAUCUGCCCUUUCCUAAGAACUGCAUUCGUAGGAAGUUGGGUCUUUGCACACUUACAACUUAACUCUUUCGUGGUAACUGCUUUUUUAAGGAAGCUUUUUUUAAGUUAUUUUUGAACACAGGUGGAUGUGAAGGAUUCUUGUUUCAAAACCAAAUGGUUUUGACUUUUGUUGAAGGACUGUUUCUGGUGGGGUUUGGCAGACAUGCUUACGCUCCCCCAGCAUCCCACGUGUAUGAUACACGUGGCAGCUGGACUGCCCUGCAGUGGGACUGACCGGAUUCUUUCUCGGCCGUCCCCUCACCGCAGACGUUAGGCUUUAAUCACAUGCUGUGGACAUCGGGCCUCCCACCAGCAGUUCUUAGAGCUGUAUCUCUCCCCCUGCAUGUAUUGCUCAUCUGCAACUCCGAGUGGUCCAUUAAAAGUACAUUUCUUGGUCACCUCAGGGACGUUACGUGUCUGCCUGGCAUUUAGUCAGCAGACUGCCUAACCCUGCCCCACAGGCUCUGCCCCACGCCCUCCUCCCGUCUGGUUAUAUGAAGCAGAGGGGGGAAGAGGGGAGGAGAGGGGGAAUUGAGGCAGUUCACUGUGUCCACUUCUAUUUAUUUUUUCAUUUGUUCUUUCUCCAAGUCUGCCAGUCUGUGAAAUUAGGACAGUAGGCAAUAGAGAUGAUCGUGCCUAAUCAUGUUAUGAUUCUCUCUUCUGAGUGGAAUGGAAUGCUGUGCCCCCACAAGGAUUAUACUUUGUAGACUUGUCUUGUUUAGAGUCUGUAAUUGCCCAGUGUAUUAAAACUCAUUAAAUUCCAUGAUUUUUUGUUACAAAUAUUCUGAAAAAAAUAACAGUGUGAAACAUUAAAAGUUAUCAAUAACCA